CUGUAAUGAAGUCUCGCUGUGGAUCUGAGAGGAACAGCUGCUGAUCAUCAAGACAGAGUCAGGGUGCUUCUCAUCACAGAGCAAUCUAAAACGAAUAAAUCAGUCAUCAUGGAAGAUGGAAACAUUUCCUCUAACUGCUCCAUCAGCAUGUUCAAACACAGAGUCUACCCACCCACCUACCUAGUCAUCUUCACCCUCGGCCUCGUCUUCAACCUCGUCUCCCUCUGCUUCUUCGUCAGUGUCUGGAGGAGGAAGAAAAGGUUUACCCCUGUCAACCUGUACAUGGUAAACCUGCUGGUGUCAGACCUGAUGCUGGUGUGCUCCCUACCACUCCGGUCCUUCUACUACAUAAUGGAGUCUAACUGGGUGUUUGGAGACAUCGCCUGUCGAGUUAUGUCCUACAUCUUCUACGUCAACAUGUACGGGAGCAUCUACUUCCUCAUGGUGCUGAGUGUGCUUCGUUACAUGGCCGUCACCCAGCCGUUCAGGUACAUGCGCCUGCAGAGUAGACGUAAUGCCUGGCUGGGGUGCCUAUUGGUCUGGCUGCUGGUGUCGCUAGCCUCCAUCCCUAUGCUGAGUCCAGGGACCAUCAGAGAUGCUUCUGGUAGAACCAGGUGCCUGGAGCUCAACCCAGAAUACAACCCCAUUCACAACCACACACUGAUCAUAGCCAACCACGUCACCUUACUCCUCGGCUUCAUUGUGCCCUUUGCAGUCAUCUCUGUCUGUUACAUAUUUGUGGUGCGUAGACUGCUGACGCUGAGGAAGGGUGAAGGAAGGCCGAAACACCACUACAAGUCCAUGUCCCUAGUUGUAAUAGUCCUUAGCAUCUUCCUAGUGUGUUUCCUGCCCUACCACGUCACGAGGACGCUCUUCCUGGAGGCCGAGCAGCAGGCGAGGGAAAAGGGGUAUAGAGAUUCCUGUAGGUACAUAGAGCGUGUACGCAAAGCGGCUGUGAUCACUCUGUGUCUCGCAGCGGGGAACAGCUGCUUGGACCCACUCCUUUAUUUCUUAGUUGGGGAUAACUUCAGGGUUUUCUGUCAGGGCGCUUACAAGGAGACGGAGGGAAAGACACUGGCUAAGACGGAGGGAAUGAGGAAGGGGACCGAUCCGACAGUAGAGCUACAGGAACUAAAUGCUCCAAACAGCUCCAGUCCUGAUAUUUAGCCUGGGACAGGGGGGUUGGAAGUGAAAUAGGACUAUAUUUGAUGGCUUUGAGAAGAAUCUCUAGAGAUGGUGCUUUUCUUUUUUUUUUUUUUUCAUAUAAGACACUGCUGACAAACCUAGAAGGGAAUAUGCAGCUAGGGUAUAUCAAUACAAAAUGACGUGUCCCACUGUGUAUGUGUCCUCUUCUCUCUCAUGAAUUUCAUGUCUUUUUUUUUAUAUAUAUUUUUUAAUCUAAUUGUUGUAAAGCCAAAUAGGUUUACUAUCGGAAUAUUUUAUGACUUGUCCAAGCCUGAACCGUUGCAAUAUACAGGUGAAUAUUUACCUUUAGUCAUUUUUCAAACAGCAACUUCUGGAGAAAUCAGGCACACACACACACCAUUGGCAGGGUAAGGACCCGACAAACAGCUCUGUUGGUUCUGAAUGGAAUGAACCAUUGGCAGGGUAAGGACCCGACAAACAGCUCUGUUGGUUCUGAAUGGAAUGAACCAUUGGCAGGGUAAGGACCCGACAAACAGCUCUGUUGGUUCUGAAUGGAAUGAACCAUUGACCAUGGAUGAGUGAUAAAGUAGGGGUCAAUAUGUAAGGAGGAGUUUUAUAAGGAAUAUUAGUGAGUUAUUACUGCUAUUCAGUGUUAUUAUCCCCUAAUGCAGUACACGGCCUGUGGAAUAUGGGUUACUGUUGAUAAUUAAUCUAUUAGAUGUGAACUAUGGCCAUCCAUUGUAGGGAUUCAUAUUUUCCUGGAAAUCUAGUACAUUUUAAUACCGGGAAUAAUUAAUGUUGAUCCCAAGAGUCCCGGGAAAUACUGCAAAUACCGGAAGUGCCCAUUUAAAGGGUUUAAAACCAAGGUAUAGUCACAACAUUAAUUACAUGGCUUUACAUGGCUUUACAUGGCUUUACAUGCAAGGCUUUGCCACCACCUAUUGGUCAAUGUUUAUACAGUGGUGACACAGUUGAGCAGCAGUCGGACUAUUGCGUUUGAGACCUGUGUAAAAUUGUCUCUGCAUUGCGUUUUAUUUUUGUCUGCAUAAAUAAUGACAGGGGGCUCAGGACUUUGUCAAAAAUGAUAUGAUCAAUUUAUCUUAUAAAAUGAACUUCCAGGCCUAAAUGAAGUGCAGUCACAAUGUACAGGCCAGGCUAUAACAAUAGCCUAACAAAUAAUACAAUCAAUUAUACCAUGGCAUUGUUGUAUACUCCUUUCUGAUUGGCUUGAAGGGGUAGAGCGUGCAUUAUUUCCC